UCCGCUGUGUGUUCCUGAACUCCGUGUAAGCCAAAUAAAGCUCGGUUUGUUUUGAAACCGGUGCUAGCAAACAGGACUCGCAGUCUCGCGCGACUUCACCACAAGAAUCCAUUCAUUGUCCCGGAUGUCGCGAGAGUUGUACGCAUACGCGCUCUCUCUGCAGUCGCCAGGCGCUUGUUGUUGUGCGUGCGGUGCCGGCUGGUUUUUAGGAAGAAUAUGGCGGACGAGUUCGGUAACGGGGACGCGUUGGAUUUGCCAGUGGGAAAGGACGCAGUUAAUUCUUUGAUCCGGGAGAACAGUCAUAUAUUUUCAGACACCCAGUGUAAAGUAUGCAGUGCAGUGCUAAUUUCGGAAUCUCAAAAGCUUGCACACUAUCAGAGCCGGAAACAUGCAAAUAAAGUACGCCGCUAUAUGGCGAUAAACCAGGGGGAGGACUCCGUUCCUGCAAAAAAGUUUAAAGCAGCGCCUGCUGAGAUCAGCGAUGGAGAAGACAGAAGCAAGUGCUGUCCCGUAUGCAACAUGACAUUCUCUUCCCCGGUUGUCGCUGAAUCCCAUUACAUCGGAAAAACACACAUCAAAAAUUUAAGGCUGCGGGAGCAAGGAGGAGUAAAGGAAGGUAUGGUGAACCAAGCAAAAAAAACACGCACGCCAACUGUAGCAACAAAAAGUGAUAAUAAGAUGGAUCAUUCGGAUCGUGCAAAGUUCUGUAAGCUCUGCCACUCCACAUUUAAUAACCCCCUAAUGGCAGAACAGCAUUACGCAGGAAAGAAACACAAGAAACAGGAGACCAAAACACAGAUCAUGACUAUAUACACCAGCUCUGGGCAAACGCCAGCACAAGCUCCUAUUCCUCUGAAUUUAAACUCUCCCAUGCCAGGCUCAGGAUCAGCUGGGAAAGGUUUUUCAUGUGACAAGUGUAACAUUGUGCUGAAUUCAAUUGAGCAGUAUCAAGCCCAUGUCAGCGGAGCUAAACACAAGAAUCAAUUAAUGUCCAUGACACCAUUGUCUGAGGAAGGUCACCAAGCAGUUGUAGCCCCUUCAGCAAUUGCAUCAGGAUCAGCUGGGAAAGGUUUUUCAUGUGACACGUGUAACAUUGUGCUGAAUUCAAUAGAGCAGUAUCAAGCCCAUAUCAGUGGAGCUAAACACAAGAACCAUUUAAAGUCCAUGACACCGUUGUCUGAGGAAGGUCACACAGCAGCUGUAGCCCCUUCAGCAUUUGCAUCAGGAUCAGCUGGGAAAGGUUUUUCAUGUGACACGUGUAACAUUGUGCUGAAUUCAAUAGAGCAGUAUCAAGCCCAUAUCAGUGGAGCUAAACACAAGAAUCAUUUAAUGUCCAUGACACCGUUGUCUGAGGAAGGUCACACAGCAGCUGUAGCCCCUUCAGCAUUUGCAUCAGUAUCAGCUGUGAAAGGUUUUUCAUGUGACACGUGUAACAUUGUGCUGAAUUCAAUAGAGCAGUAUCAAGCCCAUGUCAGCGGAGCUAAACACAAGAAUCAAUUAAUGUCCAUGACACCAUCGUCUGAGGAAGGUCUCCCGUCAGCCGUAGGCCCUUCAGCAUUUGCAAGCCCUCUAUCAGCAGGAGGGGCACUGUCAUCAGGGGGACCAUCAGGUAGAGGUUUUUGUCCUUCUGGAGAUCUAACACCUAAAGGCCCUUCAUCGUUUGGCAGUUUGCCUCCCUUGGGGAGUUUAUUGCCACCUCUUUACCCUCCUGCACACAGCAGUCAGCCAUAUGUCCAUGACGAUACGAUGAGUCCUGAUGGAUAUAAUUAUUUUAAUGAAGACUUUGAGUAGUCCAGCCUCUUUGUGUCAGAGCCAGGGCAUGGUAGGAAGUCAUGGAGACUGGGAUGAGAGUGGGGUUUGGCUUUGUCCUCCUCCUGCUCUUGUCCUACUGCAACACAUAUAUAGAUAAGGGAUCCAGUUCACUCAAAGCAAGACAUUUUAUAACAUCCAAACUAGAUGUGGGCAAAGGUUGUAGUUUAUUCUGAAGUGCAUUUUCCCAUAUGUUUGUUAAUCGUGCAUCAGCGUUAGGGUAGAGUAAAGGGUGUGUAUUUUAUACAGCUACAUAUUAGUAACCAUUCCAGGCACCGCCUCUCCCUACUCUCUACCAACAUAGUAAUGAAUAAAGCGUAAGUAAAGUAAAUGUGAAACUAUCUUGGUCUGACACUGGCUAUGUACAAUCACACUCCAUUAUUUGGAUUUGGCUUGUGAAAGACAGAAAAGCCCCCCAUCCUUUUGUAUUUGAAUUGAAAUUGAAACAAAGAACAAAUAUUUAUGUUGAGAAUAUUGUAGCCAAUUGGCCAUUUACAUGCACAAUUCUGUUGUGGUUCAGUUCCGCUGCUUUACCUGCAAGAAGAGGAAUUUGCCUUGUUCAAUGACUUGAAGCCAUUCUUUUGAUGACGGUUCAGUAGGUGGCGCUACAAGUCCAAAAUGUCUAUACAUUCUUCAAAAAUAGCCAUUUCUUUUGGCUUGUGUGAAAUGUCCUACUUUUAUUUUACAUUUUUACUGUUCAGUGUGUGAAGAAAAUGUAUUCAUUUUGUUCUGUCAUAUUUCUAAUGUAGUAAUACGUUAAAAAUGUGUGUAUUUUAGUUUUACUCAAACUGUUUUAAAAUGCUUAAUAUCCGUUCUG